GAAUAGAAAGGUUCUGAAUAUUGAAUCUUCACUGGACAGCAUUAACCUUCGGUUCAGUGGCUUUUGAUGAAGAUCUUCUAUCUUGGUAUUGCUUGCAGGGACGCAAGAUGGUCAACCAUGAGAAACACCAUUUUAUCCGUUUACCAGCCAUCCCACCUGGCCAGUCUAGUGCCCACCAUGCAAACAUACAUAGAUUCUGCAACUCAAAACCUCCAUGAAGAAGAAGAGAUCACAUUUUCCAACCUUUCCCUGAAACUGGUUACGGAUGUGACAGGCCAAGCAGCUUUUGGGGUUGACUUUGGCCUCUCCGGACCACAAACAUUAGUCACUGAUGAUUCAGUCAGGAAUGUUGAUGAAAAUAAUGAAGUUUCUGACUUCAUCAAUCAACACAUGAACGCCACCACACAGCUUAGGAUGGAUUUAUAAGGUUCUUUGUCUAUCAUAAUUGGUUUGCUUCUCCCUGUCCUGCAAGAACCAUUUAGACACAUUUGAUGGAGAUUAGAGGAAGAUAAGCACAGAAAGCUCACUGUAAGAGGAAAACAGAGAAGAGAAAUUGAGGGAAAACUUGGAAGACAUGACUAUGCGUCUUCCUCUGAUAUCAUUGACUGAUAUAUGGAGCUUGCUUCUUACAUUGAACAAACUUGAGUGGCUUUG